GGGACGCACCUAUAUAAAUCAGGCAAAAUGGCGAUUCAGGAUUCAGUCAGCGAAGAACUGUCAAGGAUUAUUGUCAGUGCUUUGAUGUAUGCCCAAGUAAUUUAAAAACAAUAGUGAAUGUGACACGUUCCAAUAACGUACAGAAUGCAAACACCGCCUUUUUAUUGCCAUUUUAUUUGGGGUAUUUGGUGUUUCUUACAAGUUACUGCCACGGACUAUAUCAAACUGUCACACGAUGGACCAACUAUUUUGGGUGCUACAAUCACUUUCAGAGCAGAUUUGUAUACAGGGGAUAACAUGCGACCACAUGGGACCUACAAAUACAAAUGGAUGGAUAAUUCGUUGAUGAAACAUGAAUAUGAGGUUGAGACAACAAAUACAACAACAUUUUGGAAAAUAAGCUAUCCACGGGAAAGUAACACUCCUGGAAACUACAUGGUAGGAAUAGAAGUCAGCUCUUUUUCUUGGCCAUUCUUUUGGCCAUUUGACACAAGCGCUCUUAUCAAGUUUGAGAUUACUGAAUAUCUUAAUGGUAACAUAACCAUAAAACAAAAUAAUAAAACCAUAGUGGGGGAUUAUAUCUCUUCAUUGAACGAAACAAAAAUAAUGAUAGAUAUACGUAAAGGAGAUUACGACUUUAUAAAACAGAAUGCAACGACGAUAUCGACGUAUUGGUUUAUCGAUUGCCAGUAUUAUGGCCAAACAAAUGAUUUCGUCUUUGCUUAUAAUUUUACAAAUCCUGGCAUGACACACGAAAUAGGGGCUUUAGUGAUUGUUUCGUACAAUCCACCAACGACUACAACCGUUUUGCCACCUACGACUGCGCCCACUAAUGUAACAACAAUCUCACCAAAUACUACGGCAAAUCCAAAUGGAACUCAUGUCACAGUUGUAACCACAACUAUGUUGCCAACAAAUGUCGCGAGUGCAAACUCAACGAUGUCUCCAAUGGUUGUAUCUCCGAUCACUAUAAGCACAAUAGAUGCUGCCAAUAUAUCUUGGCCUUACAUUUGUUCGAACACUUCUCUCAUUCCGCCGGAUCCUAACAAAAUAUAUGGAUAUUUUCACAAGAAGAUCUACGUUCGUGUUCCUGUGUCAAACAUCUCAGUGGAAGGUACAAACUGGAUCCAACCAUGGGAUAUGCUGUCUUUGAAUGUAACCUGCAAGGGAUCAGGGCCCUUUUCCAAGUGUCUUCAAUUCUACCGUGGAAAAUACAACGUAACGGGAAACGAGACAUGCAACAAUGUGGAACAUUUGAAUUCUUGCAAUUUCUCUAUUUUUCAUUAUUUUCUUCAGCCCAGUGUCUACACAAUAGUGAUCAUAUUAAACAACGAAAUCAGUACACAAAUUUAUCCAUUAACAAUAAACAUUUACAAAGUUACAACAAAACCGCAAUUGUCGGUUAUCGUGGUACCAGUCUCUUGUUCGCUCAUUGCCGUAGUGCUGAUAGUAUUCGGCGUAGCGUAUUAUAUCCAGAGCAGAGCAAGAUUUACAAUAGAAGUCGCGGACUUCGAUUUUGGGCAAAGUAACCCAGAAAUGGAAUACAAAACGUUUACAGAACGUUUGCGCGAUUCAUUUAAUAACACUGUAAGACCUGGAAGCAAACGGCCAAAUACACGCUAUUAUGGCAGCAUGAAUCAGUGAAAAGGCUGUUUGAACUUAUGUGACUUCUCUAUUGCCGUCUAAUUUUUCUGUUAUUUCCAAAUGCAGUAUGAUCUAUUUCUUUCUGCUUUAUUUUUUCAUUAUUUUCUCUCAAUUAGUCUUUGCUUAUUCCAGAUUUAACUUGAUCAAAUUGCAAAAGUGAUUAGAACGGCCAUGAAAAGUUCUUUUGAUACAGAUUUUUUUCACUUCUGUCGAGAAAAAUUUAUACUGGUUGCAGCCACUAACAUAUAAAAACUGCUUAUUGCAGGGAUAUGAACCGCUUAACAAUCCACAAACACUUCAAUGAUGUAUGCAUGAACAAAGAAGCAACUUUCCAAAAAGCCAUGUUAAUCUGUAACAAACGUUCCUGCGAAGAGUGAGCGGGAACGAGGGAUUCAUCAGACGAAAAAUAUUCAUCAAUAAAUUGAACAGUAUUGAUGGUGAAAAGGUUCGUCGAAUUUUGUUGUUGAGAUAAUAGAUUUAUAAACGAUUUCGCUUAAAAAUCAUGCGAUACCGAUUAUAAAAAGAAAGAGGAAAACACAUUUGCAAUUGUUCUUUCAAACAAUUUGCAAACGAUCAAAUCGAAAAUUGUAUAUAGAGAUAAGGAAGGAAUGUAUAUAUAGGCUGUGAAUUUAGUAUGCAACAAUUAUUAGAAAAUAUUAGAACUGCUUUUAAUAUGAUAAAUGGAGAAUUUGAUAUUUUUUUAAAGUUGCAACAAGAAUAUAUGAUCAAUUUAUAAUUCUUUUUAUGAUUUAUAAUACGCUAUUAUGUUGAUUACUAGUGAUUGUACAUGUUCCGCAUUAUAAAUAAUUCUAUACUUUGUUAAUUUAUAUAUGUAUACACAUGUAUAGAAAUCGCUAAUAUAUGAAGAGGCUUUAUCCAAAGGCAGAAUUAGAUCACACGUAUUAAGGAAUCUUUUUGUGUAUAACGCAUUGUAUUUAGUAUAAUUUGCUAUCAAGCAGAUUUAAAAAAUUUUGGUCUAAAUAGAGUCGUUGUAGAUUAAAUUCAAGAAAUGAUUUUUAGAUUUUUGAUUAGAUUUUUUAGAUGAGAUUCAAGGUACGAAAUAACGCGUCUAUGCGAGAUGUUAAGCUAGAUGAACCAUUUAAUUCCAAAAACAAUUAUCACGUGAUAUUGUGUGGCAUAAAAGUAUUUAUCUAUAUCUUUAAUAAAAGAAAAAGGAAAUUUUGACGCGG